CAAACACUCUCGCCGGAGCCUCUCUUGCCGAAGGCUCUCGCACAACAGUUGAAAUCUCUGGCUCCUCUUUUGUUCUUUCAAGAAUCAGUCGAUUCGCUCUCUCUAGAGGGAUUAAGGGUCAGGCUUGUUCCUUUUUCUGAGGAUUGGAAGGGACGAUUAAUAUGGCUGAAGAAAACCCAGCUGAAAUGAAGGAGGAGGUGCCGGAGGUUGCCCCCUUCGAUCCUACAAAGAAGAAGAAAAAAAAGAAGGUGGUAAUUCAGGAUCCUGCUGAUGAUGUGGAUAAACUAGCUGAGAAAACAGAAAAUUUAACAGUUGCUGAGUCCGGUGAAUUAAGCUUUGUUGGCAUGAAGAAAAAGAAGAAGAAACGGGUGGAGACUGAUGAAAAUGGGGACACUGGAGAAGACCUUAGUGGUGACCAAAUUGGAGAGAAUGAGGAAGGAGAGGGCAUUGUUCUAGGAGAUGCUCGAUACCCUUGGGAAGGAACUGAUCGUGAUUACAAGUAUGAAGAGCUAUUGGAUAGAGUAUUCAAUAUAUUACGUGAAAAUAAUCCAGAUCUUGCUGGAGAUAGGCGUCGGACAGUGAUGAGGCCCCCACAAGUUCUCAGAGAAGGAACUAAGAAGACUGUUUUUGUAAAUUUCAUGGACUUAUGCAAGACCAUGCAUAGGCAACCUGAGCAUGUUAUGACUUUCUUACUUGCUGAGAUGGGAACAAGUGGAUCCCUUGAUGGGCAGCAGAGAUUGGUGAUCAAGGGAAGGUUUGCUCCAAAGAAUUUUGAGGGUAUCCUUAGAAGAUAUGUCAAUGAGUAUGUCAUAUGCAAUGGCUGCAAAAGUCCUGAUACAAUUCUUUCUAAGGAAAACCGUUUGUUCUUUCUCCGCUGUGAGCAGUGUGGUUCUGCAAGAUCAGUUGCACCCAUUAAGGCUGGCUUUGUUGCAAGAGUCGGACGUCGGAAGGCUGGAACAUGAUUAUAUAUUUUCUUUAUUUUUAUUGAUCCUUGACCAUUAAGAAACAAAUGUAGUGUUGUGCUUUACCUGUAUAUUUUCAUUCAAAUUUGCUCAUAGUUUUGUCCUCGAGUUUUUGUUGUAAUCUUCUCUUCAUGUGUUUUAUUUACUUGAUUUUAAUUUUUUAUAACCAGUUUGACUGGCGAUGCAUAUUGCUGAA